AAGCCGCGUCCUUCACUUCCCGGAAACACAAACCUUCAUCCUCCAAGAUGGCGACGUUGACGGUGAGCCGAGCACCUUUUGGGGGUUUCAGUUUCGAAAACUGCAAGAGAAAUGUGGUUUUGGAGAGUGACGCUAACAAGCUGGGAUGCAGCUUCCCUGCUGCGCGGAAAACAGGAACCACCAUCUGUGGGGUGGUCUUCAAGGAUGGCGUAGUCCUCGGAGCCGACACCAGAGCCACUGAGGGCAUGGUGGUGGCCGACAAGAACUGCUCCAAGAUACACUACAUCUCUCCCAACAUUUACUGCUGUGGAGCAGGAACUGCUGCAGACACAGAGAUGACCACUCAGAUCAUCUCCUCCAACCUGGAGCUCCACGCCCUCUCCACAGGAAGGAUGCCACGUGUGGCCACUGCCAACCGCAUGCUCAAACAAAUGCUCUUCAGGUAUCAGGGCUACAUCGGUGCUGCUUUGGUUCUGGGUGGAGUGGACUGUAACGGUCCCCACCUCUACAGCAUCUACCCUCACGGCUCCACUGACAAGCUGCCCUACGUCACCAUGGGUUCUGGAUCCCUGGCUGCCAUGGCUGUGUUUGAAGACCGCUACAAACCAGAUAUGGAGGAGGAGGACGCCAAGCGUCUGGUACGGGACGCCAUCGCUGCUGGAAUCUUUAAUGACCUGGGUUCUGGCAGCAACAUCGACCUGUGUGUUAUCACCAAGGGCAACGUGGACUACCUCAGGCCCCAUGAUGAGGCCAACAAGAAGGGGGUCAGGACUGGUGACUAUAAGUAUAAAAGAGGAACCACAGCAGUGCUGACGAAGGCUGUGGCCCCGCUGAACCUGGAGCUGGUGGAGGAGUCGGUCCAGACCAUGGAUACCUCCUAAAAAAAUUAAGAUCCCUGUUUGUUGAUGCAACUCAGAAUUCCUGACUCGCUCAUUGUUUUCCAUGAUUUGCAAUAAAAGUGUUUUAAGCUGA